AUGGAGCUCGACGGCUGGGCUGGUGGUGGGGAGUACCAGCAGCUCGUCGGCGGAGCUGGUAGUGGGAAAGACCAGGACAUCGGGAAGCAGAUCUGGGUGGCUCGUCGCUCGCGUCCAUGGUGGGCGUCCAGCGGAGCUGCUGCGGCGAGCUCGGUCAAUAAGCGCUACCUCCAGCAGCUACAACUUCCUCUUCUCCUUGGUGUCCUCUUGGCCGGCCGUGGCGGCGAGGGGCAGGACACCGACGGCGAUAAGGAGUCUGUGGCGGCUGGCAAAUCUCUUGCUGCUACUUCGAGCUUUCAUACGUUGGCCAAGGACUGGUCAUCGAUUUUGUUUGGCCUAGUUCCUGGAGUUCUUCAGCGGAGGACCGAUGCCGGUGGCCAUCGCCGCUCUGCCUCUGCAUCUUAUGGUCGAAAGGCGACCCUCCUCAGCAUCUCCUUCCCAGAGACCAAGCAGUUCGAGGGGAAGGCCUUCAGCUCCAGCCACGACGCCGGACUAAGUGGUUCAUCCCCGGCGCCGAUGAGGUCUGAGCCGCAUUAUUCAUUGCAACAUUUGAAAGACAUCACAAAAAAUUUCUCUGAAGAGCAAAUACUUGGUAAAGGUGGUUCUGGUGUAGUAUAUAAGGGAUUGCUAGCCAAUGGAAAAAUGAUUGCUGUGAAGAAAGUAGAACAAAGGUGGAGCUCAAAGGAGCAAUGUGACACAUUACAAAAACAAUUUGAGAACGAGGUCACUCUUCUUAUGGGGCUUAAGCACCCAAAUAUAGUGGAACUUAUAGGCUACUGCUAUGAAAUGCAACAUGUACGUUCGCCGCACAAUGGAACAUACAUUUUUGGUUGGCAAGUAGAUAGUUUGCUUUGCUUGGAAUUUCUCUCUGAGGGAAGUCUCGAUAAACGCAUUUCAGAUGCAACUUCUGGACUUGAUUGGCAUACACGGUACAAAAUAAUUGAGGGGAUUUGUUAUGGCGUACAGUACCUUCAUGAGCAAUCUAAUGUUCCCAUAAUUCACUUGGACCUAAAACCUGGGAACAUAUUGCUCGAUGCAAAUAUGGUACCUAAAAUUGCAGACUUUGGUAUAUCACGACUAUUUGAUCAAGGACAAACUAUUCACACGAAGACUAAUAAUGGAACACCUGGGUACAUGCCACCAGAAUUCAUACAGGCUGGUACAAUCACACUUAUGUCGGACAUAUUCAGUUUGGGUGUAAUAAUCAUGGAGAUAAUAACGGGGCACAAGAGCUACCCAUAUGAUAUUAAAGCAUCCUAUGGGGACUUCAUCAAUACUCCUGGAAGGGAGGCUACAGCUAAUCAGGAGGAAGAGAGCGCAAAGAAGGCCGAUUUGACAGCGGCGCUGCACCACGGCCGGGCUCCAACGAUGGAGAGGUUCUGGUUCCUGCUGGACGUGCCGAAGCAUGUGCGAACAGAGAGGCUCUGCUGCUUGUGCUAG